AUGGCCGAGGUACAUGAGGGCAGCUGUGGGGCUCACCAAGCUGGGAUUAAAAUGAGAUGGCUGAUUCGCAGAGGUUGGGGCCUUGACCUUAUUGGUAAAGUUAAUCCACCAUCAAGCGAAGGCCAUCACUGGGUGAUUGUUGCCACAGAUUAUUUUACUAAAUGGGUUGAGGCCAAGGCUUGCAAAGCGGUUGAUCAGCAAACAGUGAUUAAUUUCAUGGAGCAAAACAUCAUCCACAGAUUUGGGAUUCCAGAAACACUUGUUUCAGACAAUGCAACAGUAUUUAGGGCAACUGAUGUAUUACAAUUCGGCCACAACAUGAAUAUUCAUAUGUCAGCCUCUACGCCAUACUAUGCUCAAGCAAAUGGCCAGGCCGAAUCUUCAAAUAAAAUUUUAAUUGAGAUCAUUGAAAAAAUGAUCAAAGAUAAGCCAAGAAGGUGGCAUGAGACUUUGUCUGAAGCUUUAUGGGCCUAUAGGAACUCAAAAAGAACAGGCACAGGAGUUACACCAUACAUGUUAACUUAUGGUCAUGAUGUUGUUCUGCCUAUGGAGAUGAAGGUUAAAUCAGCCAGAGUUGCUUUUCAAAAUAAUCUAACUCCAGCUGAUUAUACUCAAGCAAUGUUGGUAGAAUUGGAAGAUUUGGAUGAAUUUAGAAGGGAUGCCUUGGAUCAUAUCAUAGCUCACAAGAAGAAAGUGAUGAGAAUCUACAACAAGAGGGUGAAACCUAAGUCUUUUGCUGAAGAAGAUUUGGUUUGGAAAGUUGUUUUGCCAGUGGGUAAAGUCGAUAGGAAAUAUGGGAAGUGGUCCCAAAAAUGGGAAGGGCCAUACUUAGUCCAUCAAGUCUUAAGUGGAGGAGCAUAUAGGCUGAAGUAUUUCAGUGGCCGAUUACAUGACUAUCCCAUUAAAGGCAAGUACCUCAAGAGGGGUGGGACAAGGCGAGACUAUCUAAAAUUUCGUGAUCAUUUUAAGGUUUGGAUGGUGCAAUUUGAAGUUAUUGAAGGUUGUGGAAAGGAGUUCAACUAUACAAUAUUUGGCUUCUGUACAGUCAAAUAA